CUGAGCAGGUCCAUUAACUAUUCAUCUCUAUGAUCUAAUAAAACCAUUUCAUGCGGAAAUUGAUAGUUUGUGAAAUGUUAAUAAUAAUGGUCAAAUAUAGCCUGAUCGGCCUAUAGCAAAAUAGGCAGAAUGGCCUAUAAUAUCCCGUUCGGCCUUUCAUAGGCCGAUCGGUAGGUUUCCCCAACCUGUUUUAUGCUGGACUACCGUACUGGUUUACCUGUGAUGGGACUAAUGAACUGAAACAAAAUGAGUGUAAGCAACCUACCUGUUGUCAUAUCAACCAGCACAGCUGUUUGUCAAGACUGGGUCACCCUGCUGACAGCUAUCAACAACAAUGACAUUGAUACAGUGCAAGUGUGGCUACGGACUAAAGACACAUCCCCCAACUUUGUAUACGAUGGACAGAACCCAAUAUGCCAGGCUGCCACUGCUGGGUUUGAGGACAUUGUUGACCUACUGUUGCAGUACAAGUGUGACCCCCUUCAACCAGACCUAUCCGAUCAUAUGUGGUUUAGACAACCGAUCCACAUGGCAGCAUCAAAAGGUCAUCUUGAGGUUGUGAGGAGACUUGUUCGCCGAGGUGUCGACAUCAAUAGCCGUGACAGUGAUCAUCGUACACCACUCCACUGGGUUUCAACGUAUGGUCACAUUGACCUAGUGGAAUAUCUUCUUUCUGCAGGUGCAUGUGUCAACAUUGCCCAGAUUGAUGGGUUCACGCCAAUGCAUGCAGCCACAUGCUUAGGACAUGAUGAUGUUUGCAAGUUAUUAAUUGCCAAUGGUGCUGAUGUAAACCGUGCAGACAAAGAUGGAUGGACUGCACUUCAUACCGCAGUGUGUUAUGGCUAUGAGAACGUUGUUGAGACCUUGCUCGACGCCAGUGGUUCCAUACAUCAAACCACAAAUGACGAUGAAAACUGCUUCCAUAUUGCUGUCAGUAGUGGCCAUAUUGAUAUUGUUAAAAUGAUCUACAAAAGAGGUGUUCGUUCUGGUGAGAAAAACAUCAAUGGGUUCACAGCUUUCCAUUUGGCAGUGUACUACAACAAACCGACUAUUGCCCAGUUCCUGAUACAGAAGAAUGUGGACAUGUGCACUGAGAACUAUGCAAAACAGACUCCACUAUACCUAGCUGCAGUAAGGGGUGAGGAGCGACUCCUGCAGAUGAUGCUCGAUGGAGGGUAUGAGGUGUCACGGGAAAACUGGCUCCACUACAACACAGUGCCUGCAGCAAUCAAAGACACUAAGAUAGCGGAGACCCUCCUCUAUAUGGCCAGAAAUUCCAGGACACUCCGGGAAAUCACAUGCUUGUUUUUGAGGAGAUAUCUUGGUGACAACAUGGAUCAGCUUGUGCAUGAUUUGCCUCUGCCGUCCAGAUUGAAGGAACUCAUUUGUUUCAAGACAUUUGACUUUGGGGAUGGAUGAUGUGAGCUCAAAAAGAUUUUUACACUUUUGCCAAGUUUACUCUUUGUGAUAAGUCUGAUGCAUAAUGAAUGAUCACAUUGAUGUAUUUAUCAAUUGAAAAUAAAUAUGUUAUUUAUAAGGUU